AUGAGGUCUUCAAUAAUAAAUGAUGAAAACGCUAUAACUCAACAAUUGAAACAAAAGCAUUUAUUGUCGUCGUCUACAACAAAAUCAACUUCAUCAAAUUUGAAUUUGAAUUCUAAUGAAAACAUAUCAUCCUCAACAGCAACAACUUCACAUAACAUACCGAAUAAAACUGCGACUCAACCAACUUCACAACAAACCAAACCAAGCACAUCUUCUACAAGGGAUAUAAUAUCUAAAUAUAAAAGGGAAGUCUUAAAAGAACUUAGCGUUAAUGAAUUAAAAAAUAAACAAUCUCAACAAUAUCAACCACUGCAUAUUCAUUCAAGUAGUCUUGAUUAUCAUCAUCAAAAUAUUCAAAAACAACAUAAUCAGCAUCAACAAAAUGAAGUAAAAACUCAAACACAAUAUAAUCAUGAUCCAUCAGAUACUCAGAAUGAUCAAAGCAAUUCAUAUAAAAAACCGCGUAUAUCUUCAUCAGAUGAACUAUUUGAAUACCCCAAAGAUUCACAACAGAGUAGAUCUUCUGUUCAGAUACAUAAUGAAAAUGAGAUCUACGAAUCUAAGUUCAAAGAGGAGGAGGAAGAUUUUGAAAAUCGUGAACCAAGAUAUGAAAUACGUGAAGAAAUUGAAAGUGAUAUUGAAGAAGAAGUUAAAGAAGAACAACCGGAACAAGUUGAAAGAAUAGACGAAGAUGUUCGUAAGCAAAUACUACUACAACAGCGCCGUCAAUUGCAAAAUAAACUCAAUCAAACUUAUAAUCAACAACGUCAAGAUCAACUAGUGCAAAAUCAGCAGUCCCAACAACAACACCAUCAACAACAGCAUCACCAACAACACCAUCAUCAUCAUUAUCGUUCACAACAACAAACAAUUCAUGAUCGAUUAUAUACAAGAAGAAUCUCAAAUCCAACGGGAAUUAUCUAUAAAUAUAAAAGAUCCAUUAUGAUUCCUCCCUGGACAGAAUCUAUUCAAAAAGAACUAGAUUUAAUAAACUCAGAUCCUAGAUUUAAAACUUGGGAUUUAGUAAAUGGAGAAGAUUGGAAUGAUCCAACAAUGGUUUGUGAAUAUUCAAAAGAAAUAUUUGAAUAUAUGGGUUAUUUAGAAAUUAAAUAUAAUCCUGAUCCUUUUUAUAUGGAAAGAUGUCAAGAAGAAUUAAAAUGGGAUAUGAGAAGUGUAUUAAAUGAUUGGAUUGUUCAAAUUCAUAAUAAAUUUAAUUUAUUACCUGAAACAUUAUUUUUAUCAAUAAAUAUAAUUGAUAGAUUUUUAUCAAAAAGAAAAGUUUCAAUGACUAAAUUACAAUUAGUUGGAGCAGUUGCACUAUUAAUUGCUGCAAAAUAUGAAGAAAUUAAUAUUCCAACAAUAAAAGAAGUAAUUCAUAUGACCGAUAAUUGUUUUACAGUAGAUGAAUUUACUAAAGCUGAAUGUUAUAUGAUUGAUAGUUUAGAAUUUGAUUUAGGUUGGCCAGGUCCAAUGAGUUUUUUAAGAAGAAUUUCAAAAGCAGAUGAAUAUGAUUAUGAAACAAGAACAUUAGCAAAAUAUUUUUUAGAAAUAACAAUAAUGGAUUCAAGAUUUGUUUCAUCACCAACAAGUUGGCUUGCAGCUGGAGCUCAUUAUUUAUCAAGAUUUUUAUUAAAUAAAGGAGAAUGGACAGAUGCUCAUGUUUAUUUUAGUGGAUAUUGUGAAAGACAAGUAGCACCAUUAGCUGAACAAUUAUUAGAUAAUUGUAAAUAUCCUGAAAAAAAUCAUAAAGCUAUAUUUGAAAAAUAUCUGGAAAGAAGAUUUAGAAGAAGUUCAUUAUUUGUUCAAGAUUAUUUAGAACAUGUAUAUGGAAUUAGAAGAGAAGUAAAUGAAUAA